AUGUACGAUGGGUCUGUGGGCGAGACUCGCCAUGAGCCUGGUGCCUGGGAGGAAGGCGAGAGUGGUCGUGUCGAGCUCCGAGUGUGUCGUCGUGCGAGGCAUGCGCUGUACGCUAGUGGGCAGGAUGAGGCGGGUGAGGUGGUGGGUACUGUACCAGCCUGGAGCGAAGAUCGUCAGUUUCAGAAGGAGCGGGGAAGUCCUCACUUGCACCACACGGCCAGCCCUCCGUCUUGGGACGACGAAACCACGCUCAACGCAACGCGCUCAGACGCGCGUAACACAUCCAUAUACUGUACCUAUACGACCGUAGGUUCGUCACGCCUCACGCUUGACCCGUAA